AUGCCUAGUAUUCAUGAGAAGCAGGAUGUCGCGCUGUCUGGUCCUGGGCGGGGCUUUCACUUCUUAGCAGCAACGUCGGUUCUUUAUGGAAGCAUCCACACUGGUGCUGAUAGUGAUGACGGUGACGAAGGUUAUGUCGAGAUUGCUGAUGGUGACCGUGCCAAUGCCUGCAUUGAUCACACCACCGUCGACGACAACGCUCGGAAGUUGCCUAUCAAUCUUGAGGACUUGCUCCGGUGGAGCUUGCCAACGUAUUGGAAUCUGGUCGAACAGAUCAGCGAGUUAACCAACGAGAAGACGAUGCUACUUAACGAGUGCAGCAAACUUCGCAGCCACGGCCAUGCACUCUGGAGUGACUCCCAGAAGCUGCGUAAAACGCUCCACAUGCAGGAGCAGGCGCUUCAUGAGGCCAAGUGGUGCAUUCUCGACUACAAGAUGCGUUUGGCCAGAAAGGCGGCGGAUGCUACAUGUGAUGAGGACAGCGGCAUGUCUCCUCCGAGCACUGGCGCUUCUGAUGGGCAGCAGCCUCCCGAGGAUAUUUCAGAGGUGUCAAAGGAGGAGUCUUCGCGGGUGAGAGUGCCCAAGGCGUUCCUCACAAAGAAUGAGCUGGUUGACGUGAGUCACGGGGACCCUUGGCCGUCCAUCGAGCUGGUGAUUCCGUCGUGCCCCGGCAGCUAG